AUGGCGUCUCAACAACAGUUGAAGAAGCAGCAAGAGCUCCAAACCACAUAUCAAAACUACAAGAACACACUUCAAACGAUUGCCUCAAAGAUUGGCGAUAUCGAACAAGAGACUGAAGAGCACAAACUCGUCUUGGAGACGCUGCAACCACUGCCAGGAGACCGGAAAUGCUUCCGCAUGAUCAACGGUGUCUUGACUGAGCGAACGGUCAAGGACGUUGUACCGAUCCUACAGACCAAUUCAGACGGUCUGAAGCAGGCACUAGAAGAGCUAGUCAAGCAGUACAAGUUGAAACAAGAUGAAAUGGAGAAGUGGAAGAAGAAGAACAAUGUUCAAGUCGUCCAACAGCCAGGGCAAUAG